AUGGCAGGAACAGGAGUUCCGCCAAUCAAUAUCGAGGGCACCGCUGACUGUUCAUCCUUAAGCAGUAUGAUGAACAACAAGGGGAUCCAAUUCUCCAAGGCGAGGACGGCGGGUAACAGUGUGAAAGUGUUCACAAAUACUCCAGCUGAUUACCGUCAGCUAGUCGCACUGCUGGACUCCAUCAAGCGGCCCUUCUUUACCUAUCAACUGAAGGAGGACAGGAUGGACCAGAGGGUCAUUCGUGGACUACCCAGGGAGAUGUCAAUCGAUGACGUCAAAGAGGGUCUAGUGAGUCAAGGCAUCGCAGACGCUGAGGUUCAGCAGAUGACCUCAAGGACCACCAAGAAGCCACUUCCGCUCUUCCUCGUCAUGACGAAGAUGCCGGAAAAGCUUCUAGAGAUCCAGAGGCUGGCCAUGCUCACGGUCAGCUUCGAGAGGAAGAAAAAGUCCACCGAGCCCAGCCAAUGUUACCGCUGCCAGAGGCCAUCAGAUACUAAAUUAAUGAAAAAAUUUUUUGGAAUUAAGAAAAAAGAUGAUGCAGUUCGGCCAUUAUCUCCACAACCAGGUCCAAGCAAAUCGUCUGCUUCAGUUCAAGAAGAAUCAGAGGAAACGAGACCGAGUACAACAAAUGAAUUACACUCCACUUCUGAUUCUGAUAAUUCAGUAUCCAGUAAGAUCCAGAAAAUCAACCAACCUCAAAAGAAAAAAUAUAUUCCCAAAAAUACAAGGCUGAGUGGGAGCAGCAUGAAAAUUUUAAGAACUGGGCCAUCAGAUACUAAAUUAAUGAAAAAAUUUUUGGUAAUUAAGAAAAAAGAUGAUGCAGUUCGGCCAUUAUCUCCACAACCAGGUCCAAGCAAACCGUCUGCAGUUCAAGAAGAAUCAGAGGAAACGAGACCGAGUACAACAAAUGAAUUACACUCCACUUCUGAUUCUGAUAAUUCAGUAUCCAGUAAGAUCCAGAAAAUCAACCAACCUCAAAAGAAAAAAUAUAUUCCCAAAAAUACAAGGCUGAGUGGGAGCAGCAUGAAAAUUUUAAGAACUGGGUGCACCAAGUUCCUGUGGAAGCUAUUUUUUUCACUGCAAGGUUUGCAAUUAUGA